AUGCGCAGCCUGCCGAGCUUCUGCCGCGGCCAGGUGGUGCGGGGCUUCGGCCGCGGCUCCAAGCAGCUGGGCAUCCCCACGGCGAAUUUUCCUGAACAAGUAGUAGACAGUCUUCCAGCUGAUGUGUCCACUGGCAUUUAUUAUGGUUGGGCCAGUGUUGGAAGUGGAGAUGUCCAUAAGAUGGUGGUGAGCAUCGGAUGGAACCCAUACUACAAGAAUGUUAAGAAGUCCAUGGAAACCCACAUCAUCCACACCUUCAAAGAGGACUUCUAUGGGGAAAUUCUCAAUGUGGCCAUUGUUGGCUACCUCAGACCAGAGAAGAACUUUGAUUCUUUAGAGGCACUCAUUUCAGCAAUUCAAGGUGAUAUUGAGGAAGCUAAGAUACGACUAGAUUUACCAGAGCAUUGGAAACUCAAAGAUGACAAUUUCUUCCAGAUUUCUAAAGGCAAAAUUAUGAAUGGCCAUUGA